AUGUCCCGAUACGGUUCUUCAAAGCAUGUCGAUGGUGCAGAAGACAAAAGAUGCGAUGUGAUGCGCGUAGCCAAGUCCCUUGCUUCCGCUGUCGCUCUGCCGGCCGGGACUGCAUUUUGGAUCCGAUCGACAAUGGCCGACGACGAAGCGAUCGUCGGAGAAAAACAACAACCCCCGCAAGAAAUCAAAACACUGCUUCGCCGCUGGAUCCUAGGACCGGAUAUCACACUCCGACAUCAAGAGAUCAGGGCUUCUCACCUGCCACUCCUCCAGCGGUCUUAUACGUCUGAUGCGAAUGGACCAGAGUCUCAGCAGCUCAGCCCUAAUGAAAUGAUCGCGCCUGCAUCAGCAGUACACUCUAUGUCUGUGAAUCUGCUAGGCACCAAUGAUAGCAAGAUAUUUAUGGAAAACUCAACUAAGGGCGAUCCCAGAGGAGAUGUCGUCGCUAGAGGAAUCGUUAGUGAGGAGCUUGCUCGUGUCAUGUAUGAGAGGUUUACGGGCGGAUCGAAAAACUUUCUUCCUCUUUUUGAUCCGAUCAGAGACACAUUCGACUCUGUCCGUUCAAGAUCCUUGUUUUGCUUUACGGUGAUUAUCUAUCUGGCUAGUCGGGCAGUGACAGAUUUGCGCGGAGACACACAUAUGCAGCGUGUGCUACAAGAUGAGGCACAACGUUUGGCCGAAGACAGCUUCUUCGAGCGGCCCACCAAACUAGAAACAGUUCAAGGGAUGAUUCUCUUAGCUGCUUAUUCCGAAAAGACAUGGUUCUCUAUUGCUCUCAUUCUUCGCACCGCUCUGGAUUCUGGAUUAGAGAAAUCUUUGGACACUCUGUUGUCCCAAGAAAAUGUACCUCGGAGUUCGCUCUCAGCUUCUAUGGCUGAACGUGAACUAGUAUGGAAGACAAGAACCUGGUUAAUCACAUUCAUAUUGGAGUUGGACGUUGCAUCUGGCACAGGACGCAAAUCACGCAUUGCCGAGGUUGAUGUGGUAAAGCUGCGCAAAUUCCUUGACUAUCCACUAUCACUGCCGUGUGAUAUGCGCACUGUGUGUAUCAUUGAGCUUCAUCAACUUCGAGGUAAUUCUCGUGUGAUUAUUGAUAACACUUCAAAUAUUGGCGAUAUUGUGUCUACAGAACUACCGGCCAUUAUGACAAGAUUACAAAACUGGUGGACGACGUGGGACGAGAUCCAUGAAAAUUCAGGCCCCGAGACGCUCGACCAGAAUGUGAUGAACCUGUGGCAGUCCCUUGUGACGACCAUCAUGGAGCAAUUAGGCUUUUUGAUCAACGAACCAUCCUAUCGUUGUCAAUUACCUUGGGCGCCAACGUAUCCAGCUCUCACAAUCGCUUUUGUCACAACAUUCGCUCUUCGGAUCGCCAGAUGGCGUCCGAAUCUGAUCAAUCAAAGUCUUCUACUUGAAAGAGCGGAAAAGAUCUGCAAUUUCCUCAAACAACCCCCAUACCCCGACAUCCAUCGGACUGUCUCCAUCUUCGUGAACUAUGCACGCGCUUUGAUUGCCAGCCAACGUCCGCAGAGCAAUCAUAGUACAGAUGUACCCAUCAUGUCCGAUCAAAAUGAGGGCCCAACAUUCGAGGGAUCUAAUAACCCCAUGAUCAACAGCCCGCCUCCAUCGGGGGUGGGUCCCCUCGACGAUCUCCGCUACAGAACUGACCCGACCAUCCAGGCCGAUAAAGAUUCAAAUAUGGUCUCAAUGCCAAGUAAUGACCCAUCUGCAGUGGCCAGAGCGCCGGUAUCUCGGCUAUCCGGCACAAUGGAAGCACCCAACUGGACUGUAUCGAACUCUAUUGCAGAUUCUUUUGGUCUAUUUGAGGAGGGGCAGAACGAUAUCUUCGAUUUCCUACCUAUGAUGCCAUCGAUGCCACAGUAA